UGUUUCAAUUACCUACUCCCACAGAUACAUAUAUUAAUUCAUUUCACCUCUCAGCAAAAAGGAGAGUUAAUAAUGGAUGGAUGGAGGUUGAAAGGCGAAUAUUCCUUCUUCAUAAGCAGACAGAGUAGUCGGUUUGAUUGAGCUGUGAGUAGAGUUUAAUAUGUGUAUAGAACUGGAUCAUGAUCAGAACUUGUCUCAGGGCUUCUGUACCAAUAUUUUGCUUUUUAAGGUUCAGUAGUAGUAUUGUGGACAGUUUUUUGGGGGGUUUGGUUUAUAAAAAUAGGAGUAUAAUUUGAUUGAAUAGAAUCGAGUGAGGAGAAUGUACCAGUUGGAGUAUCCUAGCAAUCCAGGGAUAGUACUGCAUCCUCAACCUGAAAGGCUGACAGGAGGUAAUUAUUCAUGCGACUCUGGGGUUGUCAUUUCUGCAGAUCCCAAGCCUCGCCUCAGAUGGACACCAAACCUUCAUGAACGAUUUGUUGAUGCUGUUACUCAGCUUGGUGGCCCUGACAAAGCCACACCAAAGUCAGUUAUGAGAGUCAUGGGUGUGAAGGGGCUUACACUGUACCAUUUGAAAAGUCAUCUUCAGAAAUACAGGCUUGGAAAGCAACCUCACAAAGAAGUCAGCAGUGUGACAAAUAGGGAUGCUUCAGAGAGAAAUUUAGAUGCUACACACUCUCUACGCACAAUGAACAGAGAUGGCAAUAUCACACCAAAUCACAACGAGGCAAUGCAGAUUGCAGAGGCUCUGAGAGCCCAGAUACAAGUGCAGAAAAGACUUCAUGAGCAACUAGAGGUUCAAAGGCACCUCCAAUUGAAAAUUGAAGCACAGGGCAAGUACUUGCAGACUAUAUUAGAGAAAGCACAGCAGACAUUGUCAUCAGAGACAUCAGAAUCUCCAGGGCUUGAAGCUACACGAGCAGAGCUGGCAGAGUUAGCCUCAAAGGUUCCCACUCACAACUUGAGCACCCACUUCGGUGCACUGAAUGGACCUCCAUUAUUGUCCUUGAAUGGAGAUCUUGAAUGCUCACAAUUGCAUAAUUCACACACCACUAUAGAUUCUUCCUCCCAAAAUCACUUUACAGGCCACAGCAUAGAAGAGAGUGGGAUAGAAUCAAAUAGUUCAAAUGAGAAGAGGAGGCCUAGACAAUACUUGUGUGAGGGCAAUGGACAGGAUUGGGAUGAAGAUCAUGUUCCUACCAAAACCCCAAAACUAAGCUUCAAUAGGUCUAGUGAUAGUCCUAGAAGAAGGGAGAAUAGGGAAGUGCUUGUGAAGGCUUGUACAGUUGAAAGGCCUACAGUUAAAAGACCUCUUUCACAUGACAGAAUGUCCAUGAAUAUCUACUCUAACAGUCUCUCCCUCCGCCAGGAUGAUGAAUUAGAUCUGAAUAUUAAAAGUGAGGGUUCAGUUCCACAUCAAACAAGAGAUCUGGAUCUUAAUGUAUACAGUUGGGGAAAGUGAAGAUGACAGUCAUUGAUGAUUCCCAUAUGCCAAAUUUUGCUCAUAAAUUGUAGUUUUUUUGGCUAUGUUGAAGAGGAAGCAUUCUCAGAGCUAUCCUCUGUGUGUACUAUUUGGCUGAAUGAACUUGUUGCAGGUUGAUCAUGAUAUCAGUACAUAUUGACCCUGAUGCUGCUACAAACAUGCUGAACACUAUAAUGUAUUUAGUAUUUAAUGCAAAAUACUUUUUUGUAUAUACUGAAUGUGAUGGAUUGCUGAGUGUGAUAUAAAAAUAUAGAUUUUCGUGUGAA